AUGUCUCUCUGCUUUCUUUUUUUUGUUUCGUCUCCCUUUUUACGCCGCGCACCUUUUUAUUUCCGUCUUAUUUUACUUCGCGCUCCUUUUUUUUUCCGUCUCUCUUUUUACUUCGCGCUCCUUUUUUUUUUACGUCUCUCUUUUUACUUCGCGCUCCUUUUUAUUUACGUCUCUCUUUUUACUUCGCGCUCCUUUUUUUUUACGUCUCUCUUUUUACUUCGCGCUCAUUUUUAUUUCCGUCUCUCUUUUUACUUCGCGCUCAUUUUUAUUUCCGUCUCUUUACUUCGCGCUCAUUUUUCUCCGUCUCUCUUUUUACUUCGCGCGAUCCUUUUUUUCCGUCCCUCUUUUUACUUCGCGCUCAUUUUUCUCCGUCUCUCUUUUUACUUCGCGCUCCUUUUUUCCCCCGUCUCUCUUUUUACUUCGCGCUCUUUUUUUAUUUUCGUCUCUCUUUUUACUUCGCGAUACGUUUUUCUUUGUGACUCUUAUUACUUUGCACUUUCCUUAUUGCAGUUCCCCCGCGAAUUUAUUUUUAAUAUUACUCCAUCAUUCGACCUGACUUUUAUCGACUAUCUUUUCGUUCUUUACACCUUUCUAUCUCACAUUUGCGUCUUCUUCUCUUCUUCCUCUCUCUUCUUCAUUUGCGUCUCUUCUCAUCCCCCUCUCUUUCUUCUUCCUCAAUGCCAUCUCUUCUUCCACUCUUUCGUCGUCGUCUUCAUGUUCGUUUCUUCUUUCCCUCUUCUUGAUUUUCGUCACUUCUUUCCCUCUUCUUUAUUUUCGUCACUUCUUCUUUCUCUCUUCUUCAUUUGCGUCCCUUCUUCUUUCCCUCUUUCUUCUUCAUUUGCGUCCCUUCUUCUUUCUCUCUUUCUUCUUCAUUUGCGUCCCUUCUUCUUUCCCUCUCUUCUUAUUCUUCUUCAUUUGCGUCUCCUCUCCUUCUUUCCCUCUUUCUUCAUUUGCGUCUCCUCUUCCUCUUUCUUUAUUUACGUCUAUUCUCCAUUUUCCUCUUUUUCAUUCCCUCUCUUUCUUCCUUUGCGUCUUUUUUUCUUCUCCUUCAUCUCUCUCCAUUUUCCUCUUUUUCAUUCCCUCUCCUUCUUCCUUUGCGUCUCUUUUUCUUCUCCUUCUCUCCAUUUUCCUCUUUUUUCAUUCCCUCUUUCUUCCUUUGCGUCUCUUUUUCUUCUCCUCUCUCCAUUUUCCUCUUUUCAUUCCCUCUCUUUCUUCCUUUGCGUCUCUUUUUCUUCUCCUUCAUCUCUCUCCAUUUUCCUCUUUUUCAUUCCCUCUCCUUCUUCCUUUGCGUCUCUUUUUCUUCUCCUUCUUCUCUCUCCAUUUUCCUCUUUUUCAUUCCCUCUUUCUUCCUUUGCGUCUCUUUUUCUUCUCCUUCUCUCUCCAUUUUCCUCUUUUUCAUUCCCUCUCUUUCUUCCUUUGCGUCUCUUUUUCUUCUCCUUCUUCUCUCUCCAUUUUCCUCUUUUUCAUUCUCUCUCUUUCUUCCUUUGCGUCUAUUUUUCUUCUUCUUUUCUCUCCAUUUGCGUCUUUUCUUCCUCCCCUCUCUUCAUUUGCGUCUUUUUCUUUCCUACUCUUCUUCCCCUCUCAUUCUUCUUGUUCUUCAUUUAUCUCUCCUUUUUUUUCUUCACUACCUUUGCCUUCCCGCAUCCUGAAAUAAAUUCUUGCUUUCCUCCUUUCUAUGCUUUCUUCAAUUUUUUUACUCAUUCUGUUCCCGCUUUUUCUUACUUCCUUGGCCCACAAGCUCUUCGAUUUUAUUUUUAUUUUUUACUUUUCUUGAUUUCUUUUGUCUUUCCUAUCUUUCUAGCAAAUGCUUGUACAGCCGAUAUUUAA